UACUACCACAGCUUUCUGAAUCGAGAAGACCCCAGUCCUGAAAGCUUGUUUAAUAUUUAUUCCAAAAUUCCUUGUUUUGCAGCCAUGGCGACACUGAGGAUCCUCACCCUUCUGGCUGGUUUGAUGCUCCUGAGCAGUCACACCAGCGCAAGGUACUAUGGCAAACAAUUUGUCACGGCCUUCAUGCAAAAUUUUGAGACGAGUCGAGCCUCCGAAACAAACUUUCAGCUGCUCCUCACUGGCCACCACAACCUGACUGAAGUAACUGUGUCAGUGAGUCGAUCGGCUUUCCGGGAAAGUUAUUCAGUUGGAGAAGGUGAAAUGGUGCCUGUGCAGAUCCCAGAGACCGCAGAGAUGAAAGGCAGCACCACAUUCGACCAGUCUGUUCUGAUUCAGGCCGACAAGGACAUUUCUGCUGUCUUACUGUACCGGAAGUUGUAUUCCGUGGCAACCACAGCUCUGUAUCCAUCCCAUGAACUUGGCACAACCUAUUAUGUUGUAACCCCGUCAAGUACCAAACCGACCAUCUACUUAAAAGAAUUCGCAGUCAUAGCCGCGCAUUCUCCUGUCACAGUUCGUAUUUUCCUAAAAGGGAAUGUGAUCUUCGGUGGGGCAUCGUACGCCGCAGGGACAAGACUCACAGUUUACCUCCGGACAUUCCAGGUUGCCCAACUGCAAAGCUCAGAUGAUUUGUCAGGCACCAGGAUUGAGUCGUCGGCACCCGUGGCCGUCUUGAGUGGGCAUGUCUGUGUGGUGCAAAAUUAUCAGUGUGACCAUGUUGUUGAGCAGCUGCUGCCGGUCUCCAGCUGGGGCAGCACCUUUGUCGUCCCCCCGGUGUUUUUCCAGACCAAUCCUGACAUUGCGUAUGUGGUGGCUUCCCAGGACACUCAUGUUGACUAUCAGCUGGGAGCACAGAAAGGUUCUCAAGACAUGGUGGCUGGUGAAGUUAGGCAGUUUGAGAUCCAGUUCCCUAAUGCCUUUUACAUCUCUGCUAAUGCUGGGAUCCAGGUCCUCUUCUUCUUCACUGGCCUCAAGACAGGAAACACAGGCUAUGACCCGUUCCUCAUCAACAUCCCAGCCAUAACAGCUUAUGGCCUAUCCUACCACGUUGAUGUGAUAAAGAAUUUUGAGAACUACGUCAUUAUCAUAGCAAAAAGCUCUGAAACCCAGAGGAUUACCCAAGAUGAGACUGCUAUCACAGGCGUUCAGUGGAGAAUGAUUCCCAGAUCACCUUAUUCAUGGGCUGUAUAUAACUUGGGCCCCAGGCAUCAGUCCAUCUCUGUAGCACACCCUCAAACUCCUUUUGGUGUCUUGGUCUUUGGUGGCCGAAACUAUGAAGGCUAUGGCUUUGCUCCACCACCUUUUGUCUUACCAGAUUCUGAACUGGCCCCAAUAUCCUGCCCUGAGAACAGCCACUACGAGUCCUGCGGAAAUGCCUGCCCAGCCACCUGUUCUGACCGAACCGCUCCCGAAACGUGUGAUGAUACCUGUGUGCCGAUCUGUCAGUGCGACGAGGGCUACAUCCUCAGUGAUGAAAUAUGCAUCCCAGUGGAGAAUUGUAACUGUACCUAUAACGGCAAGAUCUAUGGUCCAGGGGAGGAGUUUUGGACUGAUGAAAGCUGCCGUAGUCGCUGCAAAUGUAACCCCAGAUUAGGGAGGGCAGUGUGCCUGCAGGAUUCCUGUAAGGCCAGAGAGAAAUGUACCCUAGUUGAUGGGAACUGGGGCUGUCAUACCAUCAGAUAUUCCACCUGCAUAGGAACUGGAGACCCUCACUACACCACCUUUGAUGGAAAGAGAUUUGACUUCAUGGGAACCUGCAUUUAUCAAAUGGCUGGAGUCUGCUCCAAGGACCCCACUCUCACCCCGUUUUUGGUCACGGUGGAGAACAACAACCGAGGCAGCAAGGCGGUGUCCUUCACCAAAGUGGUGACACUAGAGGUCUACGGCAUGACCAUCAGCCUGAGCCAAGAGCAUCCACGCAAGAUUAAGGUGAAUGGAGUCUUUGUGGACCUGCCCUUCUCCUAUGAAAAUAAACUGAAGGUCUACAUCAGCGGAGUCCAUGGCUUCAUCAAAACAGACUUUGAUCUGAGAGUCAGCUUUGACUGGUACAGUUAUGCCAGGGUCAUUAUUCCCAACACUUAUGCCAAUGCUGUGUGUGGUCUGUGUGGCAAUGCCAAUCAGGAUCCUAGCGAUGACUUUGCUAUGAAGGAUGGAGCUCAGACGACAGAUGAAAUGCAGUUUGCAGACAGCUGGAAAGUUAAGGAGGUCCCAGGAUGUUCUGCAGGAUGCAGUGACUGCCCAGUAUGCAGUGAGGCAGAGAAACAGACCUACAAGGGAGACCAGUUCUGUGGGAUCCUCAAGAGAAGGGAUGGGCCCUUCAGGCAGUGCCAUGAGACCAUUGACCCAACACCCUAUUUUGAUGAUUGUGUAUUUGACACCUGCCAAUACAAGGGUCUUCAUGACACUCUCUGCAGUGCCAUCAGUGCCUAUGUGACAGCCUGCCAAGCUCUGGGCAUCGAUGUUGGGAAAUGGAGAUCAGCCUCUUUCUGCAGCUUUUCCUGUCCACGCAAUUCCCACUAUGAACUCUGUGCAAAUGCCUGCCCUGAUACAUGUGGGAGUGCCUCCUCCCCAAUAAUGUGUGAUGCUGCAUGUACCGAAGGGUGUGCCUGUGAUCCUGGAUUCGUGCUCAGUGGAAAUCAAUGUGUCCAUCUUGCAGAGUGUGGCUGUGUGCACCAGGGCAGAUACUACAAAAAGGGAGAGGAGUUUUAUCCCAGCAGCUCCUGCCAGGAGAAGUGCCGCUGCCUGGACAAUGGAGCCACCAAGUGCCGGCAGUUCUCCUGUGGAGCACAUGAGGAGUGCAGGGUGGAGAAUGGCAUCCAAGGCUGUCACCCUGCGGGGUACGGCACAGCUAUAGCACUUGGUGACCCUCUUUAUAUUUCCUUUGAUGGACAAAGCUUUCGCUUCCAUGGCUCCUGCACUUACACCUUAGCCAAAGUCUGCAGCACAGAUCCUCGACUGCAGAAUUUCUCCAUUUUGGUGGAGAACGAGAAGCUUGGAAAUGGAUAUCUUGCUCAGAUAAGGAAGGUUGUGGUCUCUGUUCAUCAGCACACUAUCGUCCUUGAAAGGGGAAGAAAAUGGAUAGCUAUGGUGGAUGAAGAAUUCUGCACUUUGCCAGUGAAUAGAGACGAGGGGAAACUCUGGAUCACUCAGGAGGGGAUCAAUAUAAUUGUCCAGGCAUCCCUUGGCCUCACAGUCCUUUAUGAUACCUCUUCCUAUGUCCGCGUGUCUGUCCCCAGCACCUACCAGGGACACAUGUGUGGUCUGGGUGGCAAUUUCAAUGGCGAUGAGAGGGACGAUUUCCUGCUGCCUAGUGGGGAGUCCGCACAAACGGUGGAUGAGUUUGGGGCCUCCUGGCAGGUCCCUCUGGAUGGUGCCAUCUGCUCCAAUGGCUGUGGUGAGGAAUGCCCCACUUUUGAUACAGUCCAGACAGCACCGUAUGAGAAUGACGACUCCUGUGGAAUGAUCACGUCCAAGACAGGACCAUUCAAAGACUGCUCCUCAUUAGUAAGCCCCUCGGAUUACCUUGAGCAAUGCCUGUAUGACUUGACUGUGGCCAAAGGGGAGCAGGAGUAUCUCUGCAGAAGCCUUCAAGCCUAUGCAGCUGCAUGCCAGUCUGCUGGAGUCAAGAUUGGAGCCUGGAGAACAAAGUCCUUCUGUCCCCUCACCUGCCCAGUCAACAGCCACUAUGAGACUUGCACCGGAUCUUGCGAUUUCACCUGUGCCAGCUUGUCCACUGUUGUGCAAUGCUCAAAGAACUGCUUUGAAGGCUGCCAGUGCAAUGAUGGCUAUGUGUCUGAUGGGGAUGCAUGUGUGCCUUUGAACAAAUGCGGCUGUGUGCAUAAUGGUCUGUACAUUAAGGUUGGAGAGAACAUCUUCUCAAGCAACUGCACAGAAAAAAUAACUUGCAAUGCCACAGGUCAACUUGUUUAUGAGAAAACCAGAUGCCAGGCUGAAGAGAUAUGCACGCUUAGAAAUGGCAUGCGCAGCUGUGAAAGCAAGGAAUACCAGUGCAAACUCACUCCAGGAGCCCAGCUCUCUACCUUCGAUGGUGCUUCGCGCAAGUACCUCUGCAGUGGGGUUUAUGACAUUGCCACCGUUUGUGAUGAAAGUGUCCCCUACUGGUUCAGGGUGUCAGUGAGCAUCGGAAAGGACAGUGACAAUGUCUUGGUAGUUGGGAGAGCGGUCCAUGUUUUCUUUCAGAAUGUAUCCAUCACUCUUAAAAGGAACCACAGGACAUGGGUAAAUGGACGCCUGGUAAGGCUGCCCUACAGGAGUUCCCAAGCCAUAUCUGUGAGCGAAAUUCAGGACGGGAUCCUGAUUAACCAGGCCUCUCAGGUGCAGGUUCACCUUCGCUCUGAUGGGGAGGUGACAGUGGGAGUUAAGAAGACCCUCGCAGGAAAGCUGUGUGCCCCAUGUGGAAACUUCAAUGGGAACAGCUCUGAUGACUUGAAGCUGCCCAAUGGGAUGAUCGAGACAAACAUUGCUGAGCUCCUACAUGCCUGGGAGGCCAAAGACUUCUGGCUGUGUACAGCAAGUUCCCAAGGAAAGGAAUUUGUCACAGCCUUCAUGCUCAACAUCAAACAGAAUCAACGCAAUACUAAGCUUGAGUUGCUCAUCACUGGGUACCAUCCUGCAACCACUGUCAUGGUCACAGCAAACAAAGCUACAUUCCAGAACACCAUUCCUGUCAAUGAAGGGGAAACUGUGUCCAUUGAGCUUCCGGCUUCUGCAGAGAUGGUGGGGACAGACACCUUUGAUAGGGCUGUGGUGAUCCGAGCAAACCAUGACAUCUCUGUCUUUUCCCGCAGCCAUAAGGACUAUUCAACUGGUGCCAUGGUAGUGUACCCAGUCAAGCAGCUGGGCACGUUGUAUUAUGUGGUAACCCCAGUGGGUGAAAUGACAGACACUUUCAAGGAGUUUGCAGUUGUGGCCUAUCAAGCAGCCACUAGGGUCGACAUCCAUUUGACGGGGUCUGUGACAUUCAAAGGACGUUUUUAUGCCGCCGGGAGCAUUCUGGUUGUUAACCUCAAGGCCUUCCAAGCAAUCCAGCUGCAAAGCUUGCAGGAUCUAUCUGGCACCAAGGUUGAAUCGAGUGGGCCUGUGGCUGUCUUGAGUGGGCAUAGCUGUGCCAAGAGCCACACACACUGCGACCAUGUUGUAGAGCAGCUCCUGCCCGUUUCGCGCUGGGGCACCGCCUUCCUUGUGCCCCCAGUGUCCUUUCAGAGCAGAUAUGAUACGGCAUAUAUCGUUGCAUCCCAAAACACUUCAGUCACAUAUCAAUCUGGACCCGCAACAAGAAACUAUAAUAUGAGAGCCGGAGAAGCUACUCAGUUGAGCAUCCAGCCCUCUCGGGCACUUUACAUCUCAGCUGACAGAGGAAUCCAAGUCCUUUUCUUCUUUGCUGGUGCAUCAAGAGGAAGUACGAUCUAUGACCCAUUCCUCAUCAAUAUUCCUCCACUGACAAGCUACUGUAGGUCAUACCGCAUUGAGGGAAUGGCCCGGUUUGAUAAUUAUGCAGUUAUUAUAGCCAAAACCUCAGAAACUGGCGAGAUCACAUUAGAGAAGAGGGCCAUUGAAAACAUCCAGUGGAGACCAAUCCCGGCCACAGAAUACUCCUCUGCUCAGCUCAGCUUGGGCAGAAAAGCUAGUUCCCUCUCCCUGGAGCACCCCAGCACUCCUUUUGGACUCUUCAUUUUUGGAGGCUCAUUCCGUGAUGGCUAUGGCUCCAUAGCUCUUUGCUCAUCUGUGUUUCAUCCAGAUACAACCGUGGCUCCGUUAUCCUGCCCUGAGAACAGCCACUUUGAGGCCUGUGGAAGUGCCUGCCCAGCCACCUGCUCUCACAGAACUGCUCCCUCUGAGUGCACAGAGACCUGUGUGGAAACCUGCCAGUGCAAUAGAGGCUACGUCCUCAGUGCUGAGAAGUGCAUACCAGUGGAGAGCUGCGCCAACACUCCUAUGGCAGCUUUGAUCAUUCUUAUUCCUCCAGUUCCCACCUCAGCCCCAGUAGCCUGCCCUGAAAACAGCCACUUUGUGUCCUGUGGAACUCCAUGCCCAGCUACCUGUUCCGACAAAACUGCUCCUAAAAUGUGCAAUGAUACCUGUGUGGAGUCCUGUCAGUGUGACGAGGGCUAUGUCCUCAGUGCUGAAGCAUGCAUCCCAGUGGAGAAGUGCCCUUGCAUUUACAAAGGCGUGAGCUACUGCCCAGGAGAGGAGUUCUGGGCUGAUGAAGGCUGCCGUACUCGCUGCAAGUGUGACCCCAAAUUAGGGAGGGUUACGUGCACCAAUUCCUCCUGUAAGGCCAACGAGAAAUGUGCCCUGGUGAAUGGCAUUUGGGGAUGUCAUCCCAUCAGAUAUUCCACCUGCAUUGGAACUGGAGACCCUCACUACACUACCUUUGAUGGAAAGAGAUUUGACUUCAUGGGAACGUGCAUUUAUCAAAUGGCUGGAGUCUGCUCCAAGGACCCCACUAUCACCCCGUUUUUGGUCAUGGUGGAGAACAACAACCGAGGCAGCAAGGCGGCGUCCUUCACCAAAGUGGUGACACUAGAGGUCUACAACAUGACCAUCAGUCUGAGCCAAGAGCACCCACAGAAGAUUAAGGUGAAUGGAGUCUUUGUGGACCUGCCCUUCUCCUAUGGAAAGAAACUGAAGGUCUACAUCAGUGGAGUCCAUGGCUUCAUCAAAACAGACUUUGAUCUGAGAGUCAGCUUUGACUGGUACAGUUAUGCCAGGGUCAUUAUUCCCAGCACUUACGACAAUGCUGUGUGUGGACUGUGUGGCAAUGCCAACCAGGACCCCAGCGAUGACUUUGCUCUGAAGGAUGGAGCUCAGACAACAGAUGAAAUCCAGUUUGCAGACAGCUGGAAAGUUAAGGAGGUCCCAGGAUGCUCUGCAGGAUGCAUUGACUGCCCAGUAUGCAGUGAGGCAGAGAAACAGACCUACAAGGGGGACCAGUUCUGUGGGAUCCUCAAGAGAAGGGAUGGGCCCUUCAGGCAGUGCCAUGAGACCAUUGACCCAACAUCUUACUUUGAUGAUUGUGUUUUCGAUACCUGCCAAUACAAGGGUCAUCACGACACUCUCUGCAGUGCCAUCAGUGCCUAUGUGACAGCCUGCCAAUCUUUGGACAUUGUGGUUGGGAAAUGGAGAUCAGCCUCUUUCUGCAGACUUCCCUGUCAACCCAAUUCCCACUAUGAGCUCUGUGGAAGCGGCUGUCCCAGCACAUGCCAGAACCGUUCCUCCACCAUAAAGUGUGGUGCACCAUGCGAUGCACCAUGUACUGAAGGAUGCUUUUGUGAUCCUGGAUUCAUGCUCAGUGGGGAUCAGUGUGUCCGUCUUGCAGAAUGUGGCUGUGUGCACCAGGGCAGAUACUACAAAAAGGGAGAGGAGUUUUAUCCCAGUAGCUCCUGCCAGGAGAAGUGCCGCUGCCUGGACAAUGGAGCCACCAAGUGCCGGCAGUUCUCCUGUGGAGCACAUGAGGAGUGCAGGGUGGAGAAUGGCAUCCAAGGCUGUCACCCUGCGGGGUACGGCACAGCUAUAGCACUUGGUGACCCUCUUUAUAUUUCCUUUGAUGGACAAAGCUUUCGCUUCCAUGGCUCCUGCACUUACACCUUAGCCAAAGUCUGUAGCACAGAUCCUCGACUGCAGAAUUUCUCAAUAUUGGUGGAGAAUGAGAAGCUUGGAAAUGGACAUCUUGCUCAGAUAAGGAAGGUUGUGGUCUCUGUUCAUCAGCACACUAUCGUCCUUGAAAGGGGAAGAAAAUGGAUAGCUAUGGUGGAUGAUGAAUUCUGCACUUUGCCAGUGAAUAGAGACGAGGGGAAACUCUGGAUCACUCAGGAGGGGAUCAAUAUAAUUGUCCAGGCGUCCCUUGGCCUCACAGUCCUUUAUGAUACCUCUUCCUAUGUCCGUGUGUCUGUCCCCAGCACCUACCAGGGACACAUGUGUGGUCUGGGUGGCAAUUUCAAUGGCGACGAGCGGGACGAUUUCCUGCUGCCUAGUGGGGAGUCCGCACAAACAGUGGAUGAGUUUGGGGCCUCCUGGCAGGUCCCUCUGGAUGGUGCCAUCUGCUCCAAUGGCUGUGGUGAGGAAUGCCCCACUUUUGAUACAGUCCAGACAGCACCGUAUGAGAAUGACGACUCCUGUGGAAUGAUCACGUCCGAGACAGGACCAUUCAAAGAUUGCUCCUCAUUAGUAAGCCCCUCGGAUUACCUUGAGCAAUGCCUGUAUGACUUGACUGCGGCCAAAGGGGAGCAGGAGUAUCUCUGCCGAAGCCUUCAAGCCUAUGCAGCUGCGUGCCAGUCUGCUGGAGUCAAGAUUGGAGCCUGGAGAACAAAGUCCUUCUGUCCCCUCACCUGCCCAGCCAAUAGUCACUAUGAGACAUGCACAAAACCAGUUUGCGAUUUCAGCUGUGCCAGCUUGUCCACUCCACUCCAGUGCACCAGAAAAUGUUUUGAAGGCUGCCAAUGUGAUGAUGGCUACUUGUUUGAUGGGGAUGCAUGUGUGCCUACAGACAAAUGUGGCUGUGUGCAUGAGGGACUCUACUUCAAAGUUGGAGAGAGCAUCUUCUCAAGCAAUUGCAUGGAGAAAUGCACCUGCGGUGACUUGGGCAAACUUACCUGCGUUAACAGCAGCUGCCAAAUAGACACCUGCGCACUUAAGGAUGGUCGUCGUGCGUGUGAGAGCAUGGAAAGUCUGGAGGGCGAGUGCAAACUCACCCCUGGAGCCCAGCUUAGAUCAUUUGACGGUGCCUCAGGGAAGUACUUCUGCGGUGGAGUUUAUGACUUGGCCUCUGUUUGUGAUGAAAGUGCCCCCUUCUGGUUCAGGGUGUCUGUGAGCAUUGGAAAGGACAAUGAGGAUGGCUUGGUAGCUGGGAGAGCAGUCUACGUUUUCUUCCUUGACGCAUCCAUCACUGUCAAAAAGAACAACAGGACAUGGGUAAAUGGACGUCCAGUAAGCCUGCCAUACAAGGUCUCUGAAGAAGUGUCUGUGAGCAAAGUUCACGAUGGGAUGCAGAUUGACCAGGCCUCUCAGGUGCAGGUUCACCUUCAUCCCAGUGGAGAGGUGAGAGUGAAAGUCAGGAAGGCCCUUGCAGGGAAGCUAUGUGCCCCAUGUGGAAACUUCAAUGACGACAGCUCUGAUGAUCUGAAGAUGCCCAGCGGGAAGGUGGGAACAAAUGUUGCUGAGGUCCUACAUGCCUGGGAGGCCAGAGACUUCUAAAAGGAGCAUAUUUCUGUGUGGACGGCUGGUCUUUCUUAAUACACAAGGACUGUGGAUCUGCUUAUUUUCCACUUAUUUCUGAGCAGAGAUGGAGGCAAUUGCACCAUAGUU